GCCGAACCUGCGUCGCAUGGCCUAUCUGUUCAUCAAAGAAAUCGCCGAAAAGACCUCUGCGGAAGAAGUUAUCAUCAUCGUGAGCACACUCCUCAAAGACCUCAACUCGGACAACGAACUCUUCCGAGCGAACAGUCUCCGCGUACUCUCCCGCAUCCUCGACGCCUCGCUCCUCUCCCAAACCGAGCGUUACAUCAAGCAAGCCAUCGUCCACAAAAACCCGAUCGUCGCCUCCUCCGCCCUCCUCUGCGGCCUCUACCUGCUCAGCGUGAGUCCGGAGGCGAUUCGUCGCUGGUCCAGCGAAAUCGGCCAAUCGCUGAAUUACGCCGACGAGAUGGUCCAAUACCACGGUUUUCUCCUCCUUUUCGCCAUGAAACGCAACGACCGGCUCGCGCUCGCCAAGUUGGUGGCGCAGCUGCAGCAGCGAUUGCCGUCUUCGCCGUUGGCGGUCUGCCAGCUUCUUCGUGCCGCCAUUUUGCUGCUUCGCGAAGAUCCCGCGCAGGAGCUUCGCCCCGCGCUUUUUGACCUCCUUGUCAAAUGUCUUCGCCACGCCAACGAUAUGGUCGCCUUCGAAGCUGCCCGCGCGUUUCUCCGUUUCCCCGAUCUGACCGAGGCGGAGCUCUCCCCCGCGGUGAACAUGCUGCAGAUCCAGCUGGGCUCGUCGCGCGCGGCGAACCGGUUUGCCGCGGUUCGGCUGCUGCACGAGUUGUCACGGCGGAAUCCGGCGAGCGUGGCGAGCUGCAACGGGGAUCUGGAGGUUUUGGCGGGCGACGCGAACCGGUCGAUCGCGACGCUGGCGAUCAGCACGCUGCUGCAGACCGUCGACGAGGCCCGGUAUCCCCGCGGGGACGCGCUGACCCAUAGGAUCGACGGCCUGCUGAAGCAGCUGAACGGGACAAUGGCCGAUCUGGACGACGAGUUCAAGCAGCUGCUGGUGCGGUCCUUGCUGAGCUUGACUGAGAAAUUCCCGGAGAAGGUCUCGGCAAUUCUCGCCUUCCUCGGCUCGCUGCUGCGCUGUGAGGGGUCGGAGGCGCUGAAAACCGCGAUUGUGGAUACGCUGAUCGCGAUUAUGCACGCGAUUCCCGCGGCUAUGGAGCCGGUUCUGCUGCAGCUCUGCGAGUGCAUCGAGGACUGCGAUUUCCCGCGGGUCAUCAUCCGCGUGCUGCACGUGUUAUCCGCGGAAGGCGCCGCCGCGGUGGCGCCCGGGCGUUUCACGCGGUUUCUGUACAACCGCGUGAUUUUGGAGGGAGCGGCGGUGCGCGCGGCGGCCAUCCAGGCGCUCGGGCGUUUCGCCGAGAGGGUCCCCGCGGUGCGGCGCGGCGUGGAGACGCUGCUGCGCGGGAGUCUGAGCGACGAGAACGACGAAGCGCGGGAAAGAGCCGUUGCCGCGCUCGUGGCACUGCGGAAUCUGGACGCGCAGAGAGGGGUAGAAACGGGGAAACCGAAACUGGAGAAACCGGGGAAACUGGACGCGGGGAACCUGCGGGAGCGGCUGCUGGCGGCGCGCGAGCAGAACGUGGAAACCAUCGAUUUCGAGCAUCUCCCCGCGGUAAUCGCCAAGCCGCGUCGCGAGGAGGCGUCGGCGGCGGCGUGCUCUUCCCCGCGGGAGUCGUUGUCCGUCCCGCGGGAAUCGUCGCAGAGCUGUGUGCUGGAGCAGGCGGAGUUCGCGGCGUUCGGGAGCGUGGUGCGGAGCAGUCCCGCGGUGCGUCUGACGGAGGCGGAGACGGAGUACGCGGUGAGCGUGCGGAAGCACGUGUUCGCUCGGCACGUGGUGCUGGAGUUCAGCGUGGAGAACACGAUCGAAGGCCAGGUCAUGACCGACGUGACCGUCCAGCUCGCUCUCCGCGACGGCGACGCCGCCUGCUGGACGCCGCUCCUCGCGCUCCCCGCGGCCACGAUCCCCUGGGGCUGCGCGGGGACCUGCUUCGCGGCGCUGGGGUUCGAUCCCGCGGGAGGCGUGCCCGAGGCGGCGUUCGGCGCGACGGUGAAGUUCGUGGCGAAGGACGUGGAGGAGGAGGAGCUGGACGACGUGGACGCGAUCGAGGGCUUCGAGGAGGAGUAUCCCGUCGAGGACGUGCUCCUGAGCUUCCCCGACUUCGUGGCCAGACCCGCGGUGAGCGACUUCCGAGCGGCGUGGAGCGAGGUCGGCGAGGCGCAGGGCGAGGCCGUGGAGAAGGUGACGCUGCCGUUCGAGGACGUGGAGACCGCGGUGAAGCAGAUCGUGGAGGUGAUGGGGCUCGCGCCCAUGGAGGGAAGCGAGCGCGUGCCCAUGGGGGUUGCCACCAAUCAUACGCUGCUGCUCGCGGGACGCGUGCUGGGAGAGACGCUGGUGAUGGCGCGGUGCCAAGUGAUUCUGAGCCAGCAGUACGGAUGUGUGCUGAAGAUUGCGGUGCGGAGCCAGGAUCCCGAGCUGACGCAGACGGUGUUGUCGCUGGUGCAGUAGAGAGAGGAAGGAGGAAGAAGAGGAGAAUUGU